AUGUUGCAGAGAGCUGCGAACCAUGCAUAUUCAUGGUGGUGGGCCAGCCACAUUCGCACUAAGCAAUCCAAAUGGCUCGAACAGAGCCUUCAAGACAUGGAAGAGAAGGUACAAGGCAUGCUCCAACUGAUUGAAGGAGAUGGGGACUCAUUUGCAAAGAGGGCGGAGAUGUACUACAAGAGGCGGCCGGAGCUCAUCUGCGCGGUCGAGGAGGCCUUCAAGGUGUUCCGCUCGUUGGCCGAUCGCUACGACCUCUUAUCCAAAGACUUCCAAAACGCCAACAACACCAUUGCAACUGUCUUCCCUGAGCAGGUGCAGUUUGGCAUGGCAGACGACGAAGAAAUCCCCCCCAAGAUCCCCGACAAUUUCGUCAUCCCGGAUACGAACAUGUCGAAGAUCCCCAAGCCUCCUGUCAUGGAUCUCAAGACCAUCAUUUCUAAGGCCUCAAAGCAGUUUCAGUCCAAGAAGGUCAAGAAUCAGAGCCGUCUGAAAUCUGUUGUCGAGUCGGGUCUCACCAAGGAGGAGGCCCUUGAGGAGAUCAACAGGCUGCAGAAGGAGAUUCUGUCUUUGCACACUGUGAAGGAGUUUGUGAAGAGCUCUUUCGAGGGUGGGAUAGCUAGGUAUUGGGGGAUUGAGAGCCAAGUCAUGGAGAUGCAACAGAAGAUUUGUAGGUUGCAGGAUGAGUUUAGUAUGGAUAGUGUGAUCGAGGAUGAUGAGGCUCGUACGCUCAUGGCUGAGGCGGCUUUGAAGUCGUGCCAGGAGACGCUCGCUAUGCUUCAGGAGAAGCAGGACAAAACUUCUCUCGAGGCUAAGGACGAGUAUGAUCGGAUUCAGGCUGCCUGCGGGCGCUUGAAGUCACUUCGGGAGAAGUACAUGCUUGAGCAAAGUGAUGGGGCUGAGAGGCCGGGGAAUUUAUCGCAUGAGUUUAGUAAAGACGUGGCUGCGUUGCUGCAGGAGACGAAGGAGCUCGAGGAGCUGCCUGAGAAGUUGGAGGAGAGCUUGGACACAGGCUCAUUGUCCUCAUUGUCUGUCACACAGUUAGCUGAGAAGAUUGAUCUGUUAGUGAAUAAGGUGAUCACGUUAGAGACUGCUGUGUCGUCUCAGACGGUUCUUGUGAACACGUUGAGGGCGGAGAACGAUGAGCUAAAUGUGCAGAUCCAGAGUUUGGAGGAGGUGGAGGAGGAUGGGAGCCUUGGUGGGGACACUGAGGGGUUGAGCUCCAAGGUCAUUCAAAUGGAGGAGAAACUUAAUAAGGUGCAAGAUUUGAACAAGAAUGUUGAGAGCCGCAACAAUACACUUCAAACGAAUUUCGCCAAGGCAAAAACGAGCAUCGACACUCUUGCUGAGAAGCUGACUAGUGUGAAGGUGGAGGAUGAUCUUGAGGCUUCUUCUAGUGAGCCGGAUGGCGUGGUGGCUGCUCCUACGAGCUCUUUGGAUGAUGUCAAGGCGAAUGCAGAGGAAGUAACCAGUGUGGAGGUUGAUGAAGUGGCAGAUUCCUUUGCUGAUGCUGAUGAUAGUCUCUUAACGGAUGCAGAGACGGGCGAGGAGGUAGGUCGCUCCUCUGAGGUAGACGAACAAGGGGUGGACGUUGAUCGAGCUUUAUCAAGAGAACUAACCAGUGAUGAAGUGGAGGAGCGUGAGGAUGAUGUUGGCCGCACCUCAGAGAGUCUGGCCACACGAGAGGUGGGCGAAGAAGAGGAAGAGGUGUUCAAAGAUGUGAGAGAGGUACACAGUGUAGAACAAGGAGUGAACAAGGUUCGACGCUCUUUCACAUCUGUGCAAGAGAAGGAACACAACGAGAACAUGGUAAGGAAAACAUCAUCAUUCUCUAGCCGCAAAACAAUUAUGGAGAUUCUGGAAGAAGAUUCCGAAGGCAGAGCCAAAGAGAAAGACAAAGACAAAGGCAAAGACAAAGACAAAGACAAAGACGACAUUAGCUGGCAGCAAGUUCUCCUCUGCGGAAUGGAGGACAGAGAGAAGAUCCUCCUGAAAGAAUACACCACAAUCCUAAGAAACUACAAGGAAGUAAAGAAAAAGCUCAACGAGGUCGAGAGGAAAGAACGAGACAGCCAAUUCGACACCACCAUACAGAUGAGAGAGCUCAAAAAGGCCAUCUCAAGACGAGACGAUGAAAUCACCAAUCUCCGCAUGAGGCUAAGCACCCUCGAAGGGGACACCGCCCCACUCUCCACCAUCUCAGAAGAAGACGAAACCUUCCAAUCCGGAGAAAAUGAGGACAUAAGCGUCACCAAGGACAUCAGAGGCCCCCCCUUGACAGACGAAACCAACGAGACAGGGAUGGUGUACCUGGCAUCGGCACUGUCACAAGUGGAGGAGAAGCUACGGACAGACAUCGACGCCAUACUCGAUGAGAAUCUAGACUUCUGGUUCAGAUUCAGCACCGCGUUCCACCAGAUACAAAAGUUCAAGACAGAGGUCAGAGACUUAGAUGAGGAGAUGUCGAAGCUGAGGGAGAGGCGAAAAACAGACAACGGAGACACACAGAUAAAAUCAGAAGUAGUGCCAAUAUUCAAGCACCUGAGGGACAUACAGAGGGAGCUAUCAGUGUGGCUUGAACAGAGCGCGCCGUUGAGGGAUGAGCUAAAAAACAGGUUUACCUCACUAUGCAACAUACAAGAGGAGAUCACGGAGGCGCUGAGGGAAGGGGUGGAGACGAGAUUCAGCAGCCACCAGGCGGCCAAGCUACAAGGGGAAGUGCUCAACAUGAAGCAGGAGAAUGAGAAGGUGAGAGAAGAGCUCGAGGUGGGGCUCGACCACGUAAGCAUGUUACAGCUGCAGAUAGACAAGACGCUGGGGCUGCUAGAUCAGGAGUUUGGGAUAUCAGAGCAGUCAGAGAAUAGAAAUAAAGUGCCGCUGAGGUCAUUCAUCUUUGGGAAUAAGUCUUCCAAGAAGCCUAAGGUUUCCCUCUUCUCUUGCAUGCAUCCUAGUAGGAAAUAUCAGGUGCUUAGAGCUGGGCUUCGCCUCUCCUCUCAUAAUAACUCUUCUUCUUGAAUCUUUUGUUUCUUAGGCAUGACAUGUGUGUUUUUCAUGCUAACUCAUUUUGUAAUAAGCACUCUCAUAUUUUUUUCUACCAACAUUUUCACAAAAUUGUGUUUUGUUAUCUUAACUACACUUGUUAAUUG